UCAUGUUGCCCAAGUAACGAGAUUUCCUAUCCCUAUGGUUACCUGGUCCCGGGCUGAAACAGACACAACAUUCCCGGUAUCUGGGCUCGUGCUUUGAUUUCCGCCUCUGCAGAAUAUCAUUCUUCUUCCACGUUUUUACAAAGCCCAGUGAACGAAAUGGCACAUUCUUUCGGAGACUAUUACGGUAACAUAUUCGAAGACAAACUGAUCCAAAUGUCGAUCCAAGACAAGAUCCCCUUAAACAGUACCAUGGUGUUACUGGACAAAAGACGAGAACUAGCAGAGGUGGAAGCAGCUCUUGCUGCUCAAAAGGAGGAGUUCAAGGUGAAAAUGAAACUGAUCAAGCAGAGAAGAGAGGAAUUAAACAAAAAGGAAGAAGAACUGAAAAAAUCAUUUGCAAAAUUUGAUAAGUUCUUGAGGGAAAAUGAUGCCAAGCAAAGCAGAGCAAAGAGUAAAAUAAGUAUUGAAACUGAUCUAAUAAAGCAAAAAGAGAAGGAUAUUAUUCUAUUAAAUAAUGAACUAAAUGACUUUAUCAUUAAGAGGAAUAGACUCAAAAAGAAAGUGGAGUCAUAUGCUGUUUAUCCAAAAUUCUUGAAGAAAGUAAUCAAAAUGUCAAAUGAGUUUCAGGAUAUAAGAAUGGUGAACAUUCGUUUUGAAACUUUGUUUAUUACACAUAAUCUUCUAAUUACAAAGUACCAGGAAGAUCAAGAAAUCAUUAAGACACUUAAAUCGAAUCAUAAUAACAUCAUGAAGGAAAAGGAGAAUGAAAUUAUGAUGUAUCACAACGCCCUCGCUGCAUUAACACAUCAAUUAGAAGCAGCCAAAGCUAAAACAAUAAAAGGGGAAUCUGUAUGGGCACAUAUUCAAAACACAGCAGCCAGAAGAACUCUUGUCUUGGGUAUGAUAAAAAUGGCAAUUUUUAACCUUUAUAUGUAUGUAAGAAAAGCAGAAAUGAAACUUGGCACUUUAGCAGAGGACACAGAUAUUCAGCUUCAGGUGGUUCAACAAAACAUCCUCGAAUUGCGUGAUAUUGUAAACGAUCUGAAGAAAAGUUUAGAGAUUAGUUAGCUCACCUUCAGUUGUAAUAACAUAAUGGAGGAAUGUAACAUUUUAUGGUUAUAUUGCUUAGUAUAGAAGUACUACAGAAUUAAUUAAUGAGAAGUUUUACACUUGUCUAUUGUGAUAAUAAAUGUAUGCAUAUGUAUAUAUAUGGCAUAUAGGUACAAGUCAAACCAUUGCUGAAGUACUUCUGAAAUUCAAAUCUACAGAAGAUCCACUACCUGUGCUAACUGUGCAAAAAUUACAUUUGGGGAAUCUCCUGAACAGUUUGCAGAAGAGGGAAUAGCAUAUUCACUGUUAAUAGAUGUGCUAGGUCUCAUUGGAAAACGUGGAUAAAGAAAAACAUAUUAGAUCUCAACAUUGGGGAUUUGACACUGAUGCCUUGAAUCCCACUAAGAAUAUGGCCCUGUUGCUAAUGCCCAGCAUUCAAUAUUGACCGUUUGAGGUUUCAUUUCCUAUCAGCCUGAAACCCAAAGUGGAAGAUAUUUUCUGGUUCUGCAAGUGAGUCAUUCAUGUUUGUAAAGAAAAGGCUUCUGCAUUUGUAUCACUCAACUAAAAACAACUUGCAUUGCUCCUUUGACUGCUCAAUAAGAAUCCAGUAAGCUCUUAAACAUCACAUACUGUAUCAUUAAUUGGUUGGAUACAAAUACACUUAGGCUGCAGUUUUUCCAUAAGAGUGUAUCUGCCAGUUAAGCACAUGGUAAUGGAUCACGGUAAGGGAGCACGGGGAAGCUACCUGACAACAGCUUUAAAGAAGGCAAAGUAGUUCAGUUCAUCUGGCUUGCUUUUAAUUGGUCCUCUUAAACAAGUUACACAUUCUUGAUAUAACAACAGAAAAUACUAGAAAUACUCAGCAAAUCAGGCAGCAUUUGUAGAAGGAGAAAAAUAUAAUUAAAAUUUCAAGUCAAUGCUUUUUCAUCAGAACUCGAACACAGCACAAAUUCAAGUUCUGAAGAAAGGUCAUUGACCUCAAAUGUUAAUUCAUCCCUCUGUACCGAUUCUGCCAGACCUGCUAAGUAUUUCCAGCACAAUUUUUUUUCAUUUUAACAGCAACUGCAAUAUUUUGUUUUUGUACAUAUUCUUGAUGUUGGAACCUUCUAUAAAAAUUGUAAAGAAAAUGGUUGACUUUCUAUGUUUUGUAUAUAAUUGUUUGUAUUAAUUGCAAUCUACUCAAUUUGAAAACUGACAUUUAUGCAGUAUGACAAUUAGUUUAAACAAUAACCAGUGAUAGAACUAGGGAUUACCUGGGUUACCCAGCUCGUCCAAAUUUGUAUCAUUGAUUAAUGUUUAUCUGGUCCUGGAAUUCAAAUGUAUAAAUGUAAAAUGUGUAUGAAAAAGUAUUCCUUCUCUCAUUUCCAAGUAGAAAGUCUGGGUCUAGAAUUCAAUGAGUUAGAGUCCUAUGCUUCUACAGGUCUAUUUCAAAUUUCCAAAUGCACCAGUGUUUCACUUGGGAUUUGUAAAAUUGGCACAACACAACAUGGAGCUAACAGGCAAAGAGUUCCACGUUUACCUGAAUGUGAAGCUGGGAGGAACAAAAGUGCAUCUCCCAGGUCAUCAAACUGCCACCCCAAGGAAAUCCACAUGCUCAUCAUUGUCAUGCCAGUUUGGAUUUGAUGUCCCUUGCAAAGUCUGAUCUUUUCACCAAUGAGGCAUUUACUUAUUCAAGCUGCAGCAGGAUAAUCUUGCUAGACCCAGCAUGGCUUCAUGUUAAUAAGAUCCAAGGCUGAGGGCAACAGGAACCUCUCCAUUCUGACAGUGAUUGUACUUUGCCUUUUUUCAAUGACCCAAAAUAGCUACUCUUAAAUUUAUGGACCUUAUUUUGUUGUUGUCAAAAUGGCCUGGAUUUUGCAAUAGUAAUUAUAAUGAAAUCAAUUGUUCAUUGUCAUUACUUCCCUGAAACUGCCAGCAAUUUCAGGAGUCUGCGUAUAUGCAGUUUAAACAGGAAAUCUGUAAGUUAUUGUGCUUCAUCAUAAGCGAAGCUGUUCAACUUCUUACAGGCUGCAAUUAGUUAGAAGUCACUAAACAUUGCUAUUUUACUACCUGAUUUGCAGUCUGAGAGAUUUCUUCAAUAUGAUUGGCUGUUUACCUUACUUUACAAUCACUAUUUCUAGAUACAACAGCUCAAAAUUAACAUCAAGAAGGGCAAAAUCAAUUCCACAAAAUUACUAGACUUUUAAGGAUAGCUUCCUUCAAGGUCAAUGUUAAGCACAACUGCUUCAUCACUAAUGGCAAAAUCUGGGUCAUUAUGUUACAUAGUUUUUAAAGUCAUUUGUUCUGUGAAUUUAAUAUGCAGUUUGUUUACUUUUAAUAAAUGUUAUCACCUGUUAACAUUCCAGGUACAGUAAAAUCUUACUGUUGAGUAUUUGCCAUUUUUCAGUUUGCUUACCUGAGCAAAACUUAUUCUACAUUUUUUCACCCACUGCAAGUCCAAUUUUUGCUAAUCCAUUAAGUGAAAGAAAAAUAAUUAAAACAAAACUUACAUCCUGCAGUAGACAAUGCAUACUGCACAGUGUCAUGUUCGCUAUUGGCAAAAUAUACCAUUUGAGGAAUGUAACCUCUGCAAACAGCAGGAUUUUACUGUAAUUAAAACUGAAAUUGUUAGAGAAACUUGGCAGAUCUGGCAGCAUCUGUGGAGACAAAACAGGGUUAACAUUUGGAGUCCUGUAAUCUUUCUUCAGAACAUGCAGAACAGGAUCACUGGACUCAAUGUUAACUCAGUUUUCUCUCCACUGACGCGGCCAGAACUGCUAAGUUUCUCCAACAAUUUGGUUUUGUUUGUUUCAGAUCUUCAGCGUCUGCAUUUCUUUGUGUUACUUUACUGAAACUACUUUGAACACUGCAUAGGGCAUUAAUACUGCUGGGUUAAUAUUAUGCAAAGAUAAUGGAUGUAAAAGUUAAAAGCAUCACACAGACUGCCUAAGAAUUCAAUUUUAAAAAGCCACAAAAAUAAAGUUGUAUAUAUUUAAUAAAGAAACCAAUUUCAGUAUUGUAAUAUGGGAUUGAUUAUUUGGAAAUAAACUGAAUUCUUCAUAAAUAAACUGAAUCCUUUGUACUGUAUAAUUUUAAAAUUUUAUUUCUAAAUAGUGGCAUGGUGUGUAAUUUUACUUUGUGCAAGUAAAAUUUCAGUUGUUUGAAAAUUAUUUUUUUUUAUUUUGCCAUGUUCUCUAAUAGCUCACCUACGAUAAAUGAAUUCAUGUCUAUGAAGCAGUUUGCAACAUUCCAAAUACAGGAAAACAUUAUGCGGAAGCCUUUCCACAUACCUUAGCUUGAAC